UGUACACACCGGAAAUGUGUUUCGUUCUGUUAUUGUUAGCAUGAAUGUAACUAGCUAGCUAAUUUCGAAUAUAACAGAAACAUAUUGAUUAGCAAUUGUGUUGAUUUAUUCGAAGCUCAACGUACCUGGCUAGACUCUAGUUGGCUGAUAAACCAGCCUGGGACGAGGUAAGUAGAGGAAUAAGCGAAGAGGCUGCUUCGUUAGAUAACCAUGAUGUGAAAUGUUCCUAGCUUUGAAGACAACUAACGUUACUGCUGUAUCGACAAUGUUCUCGACAUCAAACUAGCUAACAAUAGCAUACAUAGCACAACUUUCCCAAGUAUCUGUGGCCAGAUAUGGGGUUUCGCUUGAACCAGAAUCUGGCCUUACAGGACGGAGACGUUGAUAUGUCGAUUGUCCUUUCAGCCCCAGGAAGCAGCCAUUCAACUUGCCAUUCACCAGCUUUUCAAGCUUAAUAAUGUCAAAAUACAUUCGUUACUCACCAAAUAUGGAGUUUCGAUGAGCAACUAUCGUAAUUUACUGCCAUCACGGCCGGUAUGUACUUCCAAAAAACGUGUAAAUAAAAAGUUACAUGCAACCGAAAAAAGACCUCUCCAAUGUAUUGACCUGUUGUAGACUUCCGACCCGUUCAUGGAAGCUAGGUUCCUUGGGAUCCUUGGAACGUGUGCGAUUUACAUUGGAGUUGCCGACUAGGCAUUUUUUCGGUUGCUUGUACAUUUUUAUUUAGAUAUUUUUUGGAUGUACAUACCGCCCGUGACGUCAGUAAAUUACGAUAGUUGCUAAUCGAAACUCCAUAUUUGGUGAAUAACGAACGUAUUUUGACAUUAUUGAGCUUGAAAGGCGGGUGAAUGGCUGCUUCCUGGGCUUAAAGGAGAUUCGCCAUAUCAACGUAUCCCGUAUGGCCAGAUUCUGGUUCAAGUUUAGCUGAGCAUCAUUUACUUUUAAUCGGAGCUUCCUGGGCGUUAGAGGUCUCUAACACACAGAUACUGGAGCAAGCACAGCUUAUAUGUGUCACGUUGACUGCUAGCUAACUAUCCGCACAUGCUUCCCAUUUACUGCCCAUCUCUGACUGAUACCUUCCUCUCUCUCGUCUUAGAUUGCCACCUGAGAUACGUUGUCUGAGUGACACCUGCCGAAUGUAGCAACAUUAUAUUAUUCAACAUUUAUUCGAAAUCUCUGGACUGUGAACAAGAUCAUGGAAAAAGGUAUGCACAUCUCUUGUUUGUCUGUCUGCCUUUGGUUGCAAGUUGUUGCCAUUUAUGUUGUCAUCAUAAUCCAUAGUGUCUAACAUUGAGGUUUGUCUCUGUGUGGGGACAGAUAUACGGGCAGGUGCUGCAGCUGCAUCUGUGGUUGGGGCACCGAUGGGAGCAGCUGGGACACAGAGCCGGUCAGAGGACGAGGAGUCGACCGGGAUGAAAGAUAUCAAAAGAACAGCAACACAGGCUUUUGUUGGGGGUGGCGGUGUUGUGCCCAAUCGCAGGAGCUCUUCAAGGUUUGACUGUUACUCAUUUGUGUCUGUCUUGAUGUUAUAGCUUUACUCUGCAGGCAUUUUUUAGCUUCAAUCUUUGCAUCAGUUUUAACCUGAAAGAUGAACAUGCAACACCUUGUACAGUUCAGUGAUUCAAAAUAACUGCCUACACGUCUGACCAUUGGACAGCAUUCAUUCUGCAUCACCUACCUUCUGAAUUUGAAGUAGGCCUGCAUGAAAGGAAGCUCAGGGGUUCUGUCUGUUGCAGCUCUGGUGGCUAUAUGAUAUCUAACCUGUUCCUCUCCUACUCCCAGGUCAAUUAAGAGGAAGAAGUUUGAUGAUGAACUAGUGGAGAGCAGCCUGGCCAAGUCAUCCAGCAGGGUCAAGGGCCCACCUGUCAUCGAGCCAAUCCGCUGCUCUGGGAGCGAACCCUCAUCCAAUGAGAAGAAGAAGGUAUGAGGGAGGAAUUUAAUCCAAAGAGUGUUUUUAUGGGUUGCUCAUAUUGAGAAACGUAGAGGGGGAGAUACCGGUAGUUGUUGAAUUUUCUCUUGAUUAAAUAGCUAGAUGAUUAGCAGGUUAGCAUUUUUCGUCAUGAGUCUUGUUCUGGAAACAGCUCUGCAGUGGUCACUAGCUGGCACAGCCACAACGUCAUAAAAUAUUAUUUUAAACCAAACCCUAACCCUAACCACACUGCUAACCCUAAUGCCUAACCCUAACCUUGCAUUAAGACCAAAAAGCUUAUUUUUUUAUUUUCAUGAAUUUUUACAAUAUAGACAAUUUUGACUUUGCAGCUGGCCUAUCUAAGGGGAAAUCGCUCAGUUCUGCCUCCAGGACAAGACUCAUGACAAACGGCAACCUGCAGAGUAUUGUGCUGUUUAUAUAGUCAGUUCUUUCUUUGUCUCUAGACUCUAACUAAUAAGGGUGUCUGACCGAUGAUGAAAUGCCUACUAGAGUAAAUGCUGAAUAAGGUAAAGGAGAUGCCUCAUUGGUUCCCCAUUUCCAUGCUACCCUAUGUCAGAUGUCCAAGUCCAGCACGGCCCUCACGCCGCCCCUCACCAUGGUUAUCACCCACCCGCCCAUCGCCAAGAGAGUGAAGAAGAGCAAGCAGCCCCUCCAGAUCACUAAAGACCUGGGCCGCUGGAAAUCCACCGAUGACCUGCUGCUCAUCAAUGCUGUGCUACAGGUAACAGGCCUAAAGACAAUAGAGAUACGCUAUUGAUAUAUAACUGAAACAUCAGUGCUAUAAAUCAUUGGAAUUUGCAGUGUAGUAUACUAUGUAAACAUUGACCUUGAUUAAUGUAAAAUAUGAAUUUUCAAUGUGUUUGCGAUGUAGCCAGAUAAUUUUUCUAUGGAUGUAUCAUACAGCUCAUUGAUGUGGUAAUGUACUAUACACACUGUAACUGGCUGCAACUGACUGUGUGUGUAUUGUUGUGUGUGUGCUGUUAGACAACAGAUCUGACCUCUGUUCAUCUGGGAGUGAAGUUCAGCUGUCGUUUCACCCUGAGGGAGAUCCAGGAGCGCUGGUACUCUCUGCUCUACGACCCCGUCAUCUCCAAGUAAGAGCAACCCACACACCCCUGGCCAUCUCCUACUAUCCACUUCCUCCUAUCCUUUUCCUUCCUCUCUCUUUGUCUUUCUCGCUCCGUCCAGUAUAUUUGACCUCGACUGUUAUUGUAAUAGACAACCAAUUAUUGUUGAUUUGACUGGCCAAGUAAAGGCAAAUAAAAUCUCUGUGUGACAAUGUUCUACCCCUGUCUCUGUGUUGUAGGUUGGCAUGGCAAGCGAUGAGGCAGCUUCAUCCGGAGGCCAUUGCUGCGAUCCAGAGCAAAGCUCUCUUCAGUCAGGCUGAGGAGGCUCUGUUGGCCAAGAUUGCCUCAGUGAGUGAGUGGGGGGUUUCUAUGGUGUUUGAAAUAUGAAGUCCCAUCAGGUCAAGAUGGCCCAGCUCUUGCUCUCAAAUAUGGAGUCAGUCAGCUCCUACUACACAAAGCAACGCCCAAAUAUAGUUAUUGAUGAUCUCUAUUGCAUCUCAAACUUUUAAUCAUACACACACAGUUCAGAGAUGGUUUAAUAAACAUCAUAAAUCAGAACCAUAUACAGUCCUCACCAUAUGAAUUUGGAAAGUGAAUCUACAUUUUUACAUUUGGCUUUAUACUCCAGCAUUUUAUUUAAUUGUAUUUUCAUGCAUAUCUGUUUUACCAUUUAGAAAUUAAUGCACUUUAUGUAUCAGUUCCCCUGUUUGAAGAAUUCACAAGUAUUUGUACAAAUUCACUUAAAGUGUAUUAAAGAAGUCAAAAGUUUAGUAUUUGGUCCCAUAUUCCUUGCACACAAUGACUACAUCACAAUGACUAUAUUUUAAUAAUAAUAAUAAGCCAUUUAGCAGACGCUUUUAUCCAAAGCGACUUAGAGUCAUGUGCAUACAAUUUUACGUAUGGGUGGUCCCGGGAAUCGAACUCACUACCCUGGCGUUACAAGCGCCAUGCUCUACCAAUUUAGCUACAGAGGACCACAAUGGUGAAUGGUGAAUAAUGUAUUGUGUCAUUUUGGAAUCACUUUUAUCAUAAGUAAGAAUAGAUAUUUCUGAACACAUAUUACUUAUGUCAUCAUUCACCAUUCAGUUAUUAUUUGGCAAAACAUAACCCAAAACAAACAACGAGUCCCAAGCUUGAUGUAGUCAUUGUGAUGUAGCCAUUGUGAUGUAGUGGUCUAAGGCACUGCAUCGCAGUGCUAGCUGUGCCACUAGAGAUCCUGGUUCGUCGUAGGCUCUGUCGUAGCUGGCCUUGACCGGGAGACCCAUGGGGCGGCGCACAAUUGGCCCAGCGUCGUCCAGGGUAGGGGAGGGAAUGGCCAGCAGGGAUGUCGCUCAGUUGGUAGAGCAUGGCGUUUGCAACGCCAGGGUUGUGGGUUCGAUUCCCACGGGGGGCCAGUAUGAAAAAAAUAAAAUAAUAAUAUGUAUGCACUCACUAACUGUAAGUCGCUCUGGAUAAGAGCGUCUGCUAAAUGACUAAAAUGUAAAUGUAAAUGUAUGUAGUCAUUGACUGCUAGGAGUAUGGGACCAAAUACUAAACAUUUGACUACUUUAAUACACAAUCAGUGAAUUUGUCCAAAUACUUAUGACUUCUUCAAAUGUGGGGAAGGGAUGCAUAAAGUGCUUUAAUUUCUAAACGGUAAAACAGAUACACCCUCAAAUAAAAGGUGACAUUCUGUACUGUCGUCUCAUAUGAAAUAUUUGACUUCAAAUCCAAAAUGCUGGAGUAUACAGUGAGCUCCAAAAGUAUUGGGACAGUGACACAUUUUUUGUUGUUUUGGCUCUGUACUCCAGCACUUUGAAUUUGAAAUGAUACAAUGACUAUGAGGUUCAAAUGCAGACUGGCUUUAAUUUGAGAGUAUUUUCAUCCAUAGUCCCCCCAUUUUAGGGGACCAAAACGAUUGGGACAAAUUCACUUGUGCGUUAAAGUAGUCAAAAGUUUAGUAUUUGUUCCCAUAUUCCUAGCACGCAAGUCCUGAAUGAAUCGUGAAUAAUGAUGAGUGAGAAAGUUACAGAUGCACAAUUAUCAUACCGCCAAGACAUGCUAACCUCUCACCAUUACAAUAACAGGUGAGGUUAGCAUUCUAUUCUUAUUUACAAUAAAAGCGACUCAAAUUACACUACAUUAUUUACAAUUAAAUUCUAUUGGGCACAAAAUAAUCUGAAACACAACCAAAACAAACAGCAAAUACAUCAAACAAGUUUGUAGAAUCACAAGCUUGAUAUAAUCAUUGACUGCUAGGAAUAUGGGACCAAAUACUCAACCUUUUGACUACUUUAAUACACAUAAGUGAAUUUGUCCCAAUACUUUUGGUCCCCUAAAAUGGGGGGGACUAUGUACAAAAAGUGCUGUAAUUUAUAAACGGUUCACCCGAUAUGGAUGAAAGUGCCCUCAUUAAAGCUGACAGUUUGCACUUUAACCUCAUAGUCAAUAUAUCAUUUAAAAUCCAAAGUGCUGGAGUACGGAGGCAAAACAACAAAAAAUGUGUCACUGUCCCAAUACUUUUGGAGCUCACUGUAGAACCUCAUUUCAAAUGUUAGCUUCAUUGUCCAAAUACAGAUAGUGUGGACUGACUGUAUAUACAUGUGUAUAUAGAGUGAUUUAUACACAUUUGUGUAUAUAUGGUUCUGUCAUAAACUAAGUGUAGUGAUGCUGGAAAAAGCAUUGACCUGCCCAUUGGUGAAAUAUUUUUCUCACUGCAUAUGUUUACAUGUGUGGGAUUGAUGGCACUAUAUGUUUGUCAGUUUGAAGAAGUGAGUGUGGGUUUGUUUAAAUAUGUUUUUGAAUAAGUGUGUGUGUGUGUGUGUGUGUUUGUUCUGAUGAACAGAGCAGUCAGCCCAAGCUGGAGGUGUUCCAGGAGCUGCUGAGUAAGCACCCCAGUGUGUUCUACCCCUCCCGCACUCCCAAGAGCCUGCUGGUGCACUGGCAGCUGCUCAAACAGUACUACCUGCUGGAGGACCAGAGUGGUGAGAGAAACUCAACUGGCCUUAUUGGUUCAUUACACAGGCUUCGUCCCAAAUGCCACUCUAUUCCCUUUUAGUGCACUACUUUCGACCAGAGCCUCUGGUCAAAAGUAGUGCACUAAUAAGGAAUAGGGUGCCAUUUGGGAUGCACAACACUGUUAGUCCAUUACUUGACAUCCAUGAAGUGAAUUAUUUCUAAAAGUUUUUAACUACACACAUAUGUUCCCCUGUUGCAAACUGAAACUAAGUGAUCAAAGAGAAAGGAGGACCAAGGCACUCGUCAUAUAAUUAAUUAAAAUGCCUUUAUUUGUAUGGCAUGUCCAAUGGAAACAAAGUUUAAAAACGUAAACUUUGUUUCCAUUGGACAUGCCAUACAAAUAAAGGCAUUUUAAUUAAUUAUAUGAAGAGUGGCUUGGUCCUCCUUUCUUUUUGAUGACCAAUUUACCCCUUUUACCAAAGAGCACCUUCUGUUUACCAAAAUCUACUAUUGUGUACCUUAGCAGCGCUUCCCUUCCUUCUUUUUUCGUACAACUAAAACUAAGUGAGUUGAGUGCCCAUCAGUCCCCCUAUAUAUGAGGCCUUAUUGUAUGGUUUCAUUCUCUUUUGCAGUCCAACCUUUCCCUAAAGGCGACCAAGUCCUCAACUUCUCUGAUGCUGAGCAGCUGGUGGAUGAUGCUAAGCUAAAGUAAGAGAACCGGUCAACAUUCUGACCACAAUUAAUUUCCAGUUUCCCUGAGGUAAAAUUCAGAGCUCCGCCUGUCUCUGUCAUUCUAAUCAGUGUCUCUGUCUCGUUACCCAGGGAGAGCAGGGAUGAGGUGCUGGAGCAUGGUGAGUUACUCAAACAUAGAACCUUGUACAUUACUAACACAUAAAAAGGAGUCUAUCUAAGAAGGUGCUUCAUUGAUCAAAUUCAAAGCACCUGAAUGCAUGUUCCUGAAUGCAUGUUGAUUGGCUUUGAAAUCUGUUGUCAUCUCUUCUCCUCUUCAUCAUUCUCUCUCCUGCUGCCCUUCCUCAUUCUGUCCCCACUCUUAGAGCUGAUGAUCUCUGACCGCCAUCAGAAGAAGGAGAUAAGACAGCUGGAGCAGGAGCUACCACGCUGGCAGGUACUGGUGGACAGCAUCACAGGUGAGAGUGUGUGCCUGUGUGUGUGUGCACAUGCAUGUGCGCGUGUGUAUGUGUAAGAAGACACUCUUGCAGGGCCUUUAUGUUGUUGUUGUGUUCUCAGGUAUGAACUCUCCAGACUUUGACAACCAGACACUGGCAGCGCUGAGAGGCCGGAUGGUUCGCUACCUUAUGAGGUCACGAGAGGUGAGCAGCUCAUUUCAGAUUGACCAAUUAACUGAAUUUACAGUACAGACAACUGUCCAAUACCAACUCAUAUUAGGACCAUAGUAAGAUGACUGUGGAGCAGGUUAAUUCUAUGGAAAUGUAUGCUUACGAAAUGUGAAAUAUAUAUUUUAUGUUUUUUAUAUAUAUAUAUAUAUAUAUAUAUAUAUAUAUAUAUAUAUAAUUUAUUAAGCUAAUCUGACUUUUCCUCUAGAUCACCCUGGGCAGAGCCACCAAGGACAAGCAAAUAGAUGUGGAUCUGUCUCUGGAAGGACCUGCCUGGAAGAUCUCCAGGAAACAAGGUGACUCACUUAUCACCUGCAGCACCAUGACAUAGGAUGCCUUUUUGGAUGCAGCCCAUAUCUGCAUUACCCGGGUCUGAAGCUGAAGAACCUGUAUUAUCUGGGCUCUAGAGGGCAGUGCCCGCCCUGUCCUCACUUCACCAUAGUGAAAUUAGACCCUGUUGAAAUUAGACUGUUUUCUGAUAAACGUCUAUCAUGUAGUAAUAUUAUGGCCCCAUAUCAGGACUUGAUCUAGUUUUUCAUUGUGUGUUUGUAACUGUUUAUGUCUAAUGCACAGGGAUCAUUAAACUGAAGAACAACGGGGACUUCUUCAUAGCCAACGAGGGCCGCAGGCCCAUCUACAUAGACGGUAGACCAGUCCUGUCGGGCAACAAGUGGAAACUCAACAACAACUCUGUGGUGGAGGUGUGUGGAAGGUUCUGGAAGACUUAAAUUGCAGGAUGUAUUAUAGGGUAGCUGGUGCAAGAAGAGUGAGAUGAAGAAAUGUGUUAAAGUGGCAAAAGGGCCUAGAAAAAUAAAAUAGACAACAGACUGCAUAGUUGAGAUUGAAUUAUGGAUGCCUGUCAUGGUUUUUAUUUCACAAUACAUGAUCUAUAACACAAAAUGUAAAUCUGGACCUCGAAGCCAGUUCCACUGCUUUUUGUCAAAAAUGUUCCCUUCUAAUCAGGCACUGAUUUAGACCUGCGAGACCAGGUGGGUGCAAUUAAUUAUAAGGUAGAACAGAAAACCAGCAGUAGUCGGACCUCGUAGGGUAAGAUUUGAAUACCCCUGAUCUAUAACAACCACCUCUAAUAAUACAUGAACUUCACAACAAGUAAUUUGUCUCUCCAGAUUGCAGGUCUUCGUUUUGUGUUCCUGAUCAACCAGGAGCUGAUCUCACUCAUCAAGGCAGAAGCAGCUAAGAUGAACCAGCAGUGAGAGAGCGAGCGAGAGAGAGAUGCCAAGAUAGCUGCUUUUAGCAACGCUGGUGUAUUGACACACAAGCAUUGCUGGGAAUUGGGUUGCAAAAACUGAACAGUCCACAGGCCAGAAGUUAAUACAAUUCUAUUUCAACUUACUCUGCCGGUGGUCUUGACGGUUGGUCCUUAUAGCGAGGGGAAUUUGAGACAAAAUAUAAAAAAAGAACGUGGAAAGUCUGUUAAAUAAUAUCUUUAGAUAAUUUGUCUCAAAUUCCCCCAGUUAUAAAGACCAACACUGGCUUCCCACUGACUGUUUUUUUGCAACCCAAUUCCCAGCAAUGCUAGUGAGUCAAUGCACCAGCGCUGCUAAAAGCAGUUAAGGGUAAGACACAUGCCUGUGUGCACUGCCCAGCCAGCUCCUCCAUACAGAGCAACGUACGGUGGCCUCUAAUGGACACACUGUACACCACCAGGAGCCUAGUAGACGAGGACCACAUGAAGGACCAUAGACUUGAAAUAAAGGAACCUGGAACCUCUUUAGUCAUGGUUAUACAGUGGAGUAAGAGCACGACACCCACAUACACACUCUGAAUGGUUGUGGUAUUUGGUUACAUCACAUACCUUUCCGCUGCUGGACAUUUUAGGGUGAAUCUCAUCUCAAAGAACCUCGAUGAUACUUUCCUUGUAACCACAGGACCAUAACACCAGUUUAGUCUUGUUUUAAAGUUUAAAUUGGGAUUCGUAUCAGGAGGUUCCACAGUGCCUUUAAGACAAUGCAUUUGUUUUAAAACUGUGUUUCCUUUUUGUUCAUACAGAUAGGUUUAGGUUGAAUUGGUACAUGCAAAGAUACAUUUAGGACCAGGAUAGGGAAUCACUCGUAAAAGUGAUAUUGUGUGUGUGUAUGUAUGUAUUAGUGCUACUUAAGCCAAAGCCAUGUAAAAGUCAAUGUGACAGUUUGUUAGAUUUUUGUAUGAAAGCUUGGAUUAAAAUGUCAUAAAUUGAGCCAUUAUUUUUUUCUACCACAAGGAGGAGCUGUUGGAUAAG